CCUUGGCGAUAAACUGGUCUCGUGCGGAGACGCGUAAUUAUUAUUAUUGCAAUUCGCCAACGAAAAACGUUUGCCUACAUAGUCAAAGCAAAUAUCUCGGAAGAGAGACACGCGUUCUUUAUUUUCAGCCAAGAGAUGUUCAAAUUUCGCCCUCGCGGAUUUUCCAGUCUUCGUGCAGACCUAAAAUUGAUAACGAGGAAGAAAUCUUAUGACGCGAUUGUCAUCGGAGGAGGGCACAAUGGUUUGGUCUCGGCGUGCUACUUGCAAAUGUCAGGGGCAAAAGUGUGCGUUCUCGAACGGCGGCCGGUGGUCGGAGGCGCCGCGGUCACCGAGGAAAUCGUGCCUGGUUUCAAAUUCUCCAGGGCCUCCUACGUUCUUAGCCUUCUGAGGCCGCAGAUAAUCAAAGAUUUGGAAUUAAAAAAACACGGUCUGAAAGUCCAUUUGCGAAACCCUUCUUCGUAUACUCCGCUGCACGAGGCGCUGUGGUCCAAAUACCCUGCCAAGUCACUCACCCUGAGCAGCAGUGAAGAAUUCAACCAAAAGCAGAUUUCCCAAUUUUCAAAAAAAGAUGCCGAAGCAUAUCCGAAGUAUGAGAAAUAUUUGGAAAAAAUGGUGCAGGCGGUCGAGCCUCUUUUGGAUUUGCCUGCCUCCUCUGUGAAGCGGUUGUUGGAAGAUGACCAGAGUUUGUUGAGACGGGCGUGGAGCUUUUACAAAGACAAACGACUUGUGAGAGCAAGCAAGGCCCUAUCGUCUCUCAGCGGCAGCGAUUUGAACAAGUUCUUGGAGUUGAUGACCGCGCCUGCCACAAAGAUUUUGGACAGGUGGUUCGAGUCGGAGCCGCUCAAAGCAACCCUGGCCACCGAUGCUGUAAUUGGCGCUUUCACAAGCCCACACGACGCAGGCACGAGCUACGUCCUGUUGCACCACGUGAUGGGCGAGUUAGAAGGUGUCAAGGGAGCCUGGGGCUACCCUGAGGGAGGCAUGGGGGCGGUCACGCAAGCCAUGGCCUCCAAAGCCAAGUCCCUCGGAGUCGACAUUUUCACAAACAUGGAAGUGAAGGAAAUCUUGUGGGACAGCAAAAAGGGCGCCCAGGGAGUGGCGACGGCAAAGGGGGAGGAAAUCAAAAGUCGGCUCGUUUUGUCCAACGCCACCCCUGAAAUCACGUACUUGAAACUUCUGCCCAAAGAAGCCCUGAGUGCCGAAUUUCGAGCCGCGGCUCAGAGUAUAGAUUACAAAUCCCCAGUUACUAAAAUUAAUGUUGCAGUGAAAGAGUUGCCUAAUUUCCUUGCCGACCCUACGAGAGAUCAAGGGAUGGCAGGUCCGCACCACCAAACUACCAUCCACCUCAACUGCGAGAGUGUGGACCUUCUUGAACAGGCCUAUUCAGACGCCCGAGACGGUCUGAUCUCGCGAAGACCAAUGCUUGAGAUGGUGAUUCCGUCCAGUUUAGACAAGACGAUAGCACCCCCCGGCUGUCACGUUUGUUUGAUUUUCUCUCAAUACACCCCAUACCAUUUGCGGGACGGGAAAGUUUGGGACGAGAACACCAAAAACUCAUACGCAAAACAAGUAUUUCACAAUAUUGACGAGUACGCGCCUGGUUUUUCCUCGAGCGUGAUAGGCUAUGAAGUUUUGUCACCGCCGGAUUUGGAGCAAAUUUUUGGACUAACCGGAGGAAACAUUUUUCACGGCGCCCUCUCGUUGGACCAAUUGUUUACCCUGCGCGCAGGUGGCGGUUCUGGGCCGUCGCCACCGGACACGCCGGUAAAGAAUCUGCUUUUGUGCGGCAGUGGAGGCCACCCCGGUGGAGGGGUAAUGGGCUCUCCGGGAAAGUUGGCCGCUGAAGAGGCCAUCAAAUUGCUCAUGACGAAUUACUCAAAAGGAACACAUUUCCGAUGAUUUUAAAAAUUAUCAUUUAAAUUUUUAUUUGAGUCAUUUUGUACAACAAUAAAUAAUAAAACAUGUAA